UGGAGUUGCAUGAAUUGGAUUGGAGUUUUUCUGGAACAAUAAAGAAAGGAAAGAACGUAACAGUAAGUGCGUAAGAGCACGUAGUCCCCCAUGACAAGCACCAGUAGGAACAUGCCAAAAAAUUUGGCGACAAGUUUAAAAAAAGUUUUAAAUCAAUAGAAUUUAUCAGUCAAUAAAAUAAUUUACUGCUACCAAGAUUUCUUGAUCGUAAAUUUCACGCCACAGUUUGGAAAACAAAAAUUUCUAUAAUUAAUUUUGUCGUUUAAUAAAAAAAUAAAAAUGAUGUCCAUACAAAGUCGGUACCUGGUAAUCAGCAAAAAUAUAUUUUGCACUCAAUUUGCAAGAUCGCGUUACAAUUAUCCCAAUAAAUUCAAUAAUAAGAAUAACAGUAAUAAUAAUAUUCGUCGGGAACAAGUGAUUCCAGUCCGGGAGUUCAAAAAUUUCGGUCAUGGUAUCAACCGAGAUUUAUCUAAAGCCAGAACAAUUUUCCUGGGAAUUCUUUUAUUCUCGUUGACUGGAUUUUUUAUCAACUGGAAGCAACUCUUCAAGAAUAUUAAAAAAUCAAUCACAGUCGAUGCCGCCGAAAUGUUGAUGGAAGAAAACGAAGACAAAAAUAAUACAUCCGUCGAGCAAUCGGAGUCAGAGCCCAAGAAGAAGAAGAAGAAACAAAAAAUAGGAUUCCGCGAUCGCAAGAUUAUUGAAUACGAAAAUCGUAUACGUCAUUACUCAACUCCCGACAAAGUAUUUCGUUACUUUGCAACUCUUCAAGCCUAUAUUAAUGACACUCAUCAUGAGGUUUUUAUGACGCCCGAUGACUUCUUGAGAGCAAUGACUCCUGGUGUUAAACAACCUGACGGUUUGGGAUUAGAUCAAUACAAGCGGUUUGACCCGAAGAACGUCCAUAAUAAAUUGGAAUUAGAAUUAGAUGAAAAUAGUAUCUUCUACAAACUUGGUAGCGCUGGGUUAAUAAGUUUUUCAGAUUACAUUUUUUUACUGACUGUUCUUUCAACAUCUAGAAGACAUUUCGAAAUCGCAUUUCGUAUGUUCGACUUCAAUGGCGACGGAGACGUUGACUCUGACGAGUUCAGCAAAGUCGCGACUCUGAUAAGACAGCAAACGAGUAUCGGAAAUCGUCACCGCGAUCAUGCCAACACUGGAAAUACUUUCAAAGGCGUGAAUUCUGCAUUGACAACAUACUUUUUCGGAUCUAACAUGGAUCAGAAAUUGACUAUUGAAAAGUUUCUCGACUUUCAGGAACAAUUGCAAAAAGAAAUUUUGAGUCUUGAGUUUGAGCGCCGGAAUCCUGAUGCCAAUGGCAACAUCACGGAGACGGAUUUCACUGAACUACUGUUAGCUUACGCGGGUUAUCCGGAAAAUAAAAGAAUCAAAAUGAUUAAGAGAGUCAAAAAACAAUUCAAAGAUAAUCCACAGGGAGUUAACAAAGAAGACUACUUGAAAUUUUUCCACUUUUUAAAUAACAUCAAUGACGUUGACACGGCCUUGACAUUUUAUCAUAUCGCCGGUGCGUCAAUAGAUCAAGCGACUUUGAAACAUGUCGCGCGUACUGUAGCACACGUUGAGUUGAGUGAUCAUGUUAUUCAAGUUGUCUAUACUAUUUUUGAUGAAAAUUUGGAUGGGCAGUUAAGUAACCGCGAGUUUGUAGCAGUGAUGAAAAAUCGUGUAUUGAGAGGCUUAGAAAAACCCAAGGACACUGGAUUUGUAAAAUUAAUGCAGUCUAUGAUGAAAUGCGCUAAGAAUAGUUACUCAUUUGAUAAAUAAAUUUAAUUAUUUAUUUAUUUAUCUAUAAAUUAAUUACUAAUACAUUUAUUACUGUUUUCUGUAUAUAUCUCAACGUGUGAUAUUCGUAUUAAUAUUUAACUGUCUUAAAUAAAUAUAAAUUACAAUAGAAAUAAAAAAA